UUUUUGUCGCUAUGUUUCAAAACCGACUUAAAAAUGGGAUGAGAAGUAUCUCACAAGCCAAAGGCCAAUAAAAUUCCGAUGAAAUAAAAAAAAAAACACAUCCUUCAUUUUUAGUAGUGAUCGGGCACAAACGCUAACUAACACCGUUAAAUCCCAAUUUUCACGGCGUGACGAUGAAGAGAAUCGUGAGGAUAUCAUUCACCGACGCGGAAGCCACCGAUUCCUCCAGCAGCGAAGACGACGAGCAAACAAACACCGAGUCGCCGCCGUCGCGACGCCGAGGGAAGAGGUGCGUCAACGAGAUCGUCAUCGACCCGACCGAUUCCGCCGGUAAGAACAAUCGCGAUCGCGGCGGGAAGACGCGGUUCAAGAUCAGGAUUCCGGCGAGGCUUCAGAAGAAGAAUAAGAAGUUCCGAGGGGUGAGGCAGAGGCCGUGGGGGAAAUGGGCGGCGGAGAUCAGGUGCGGCAAAGCUCGCGACGGACGGCCCGUUCGCGUCUGGCUUGGGACGUUCGAGACGGCGGAGGAAGCUGCUUUGGCUUACGAUAAGGCGGCGGUUCAGCUGAUCGGGCCUGACGCGGUGACUAAUUUCGGGGGUCUUAAGGUGGUGUCUAAGGCGGCGAAGGAAGGUUCCGAUGCUGGCACCUCCGCAGAGGCCUGAUCGUCUUUUGUGAAUUGAUUAUUUUUUUACUUUUUUAACUUUUGAAAGUUGUCUUUGUGAAUAAGUCAUAACAACAUAUGUGCAGUUUUUUAAUCUCUCAUUCUGUGAUUCUGGUUUUUGUGUUUCUUCCAUUGUGCAGAUUUGGAAUCGCUAUUUGUUGCAUUUUUGAUGUUUUAUGGAUUUGAUUUAUAAAGUC